GCUCAGACAGCAGCCACUCUUCAGGAUAACAACACACUGCGGAGGCCCUUUAAACGCACUCUCCAUACGGCUACCAUACACAUCGGAGUGCACGGGCUUUUUUGAUCACUUCAGGGGACUGUUUUCGUUUGUUUUUGCUUCGGUCAAGACACAGAAGUCAGAUUUAAUGCCUCUUUUCGGGAAUCGGUGCACGGCUCCACGGUCGUGAGACCACUCUACCGGGUGCGGUGCGGCGGAGUUAAUACACUGCUGGGCUGGAUAUAUACUAUUCACUUGAAACCAAGACGGUCCGCACCACCAUUUCUACUGAACCUGCAUUUCUCUCGUGUGACUACAUCGGUUAUUAGGACUCUCAGCUGCUGAAUAAGAAUACUCUACGCCGGCUUUUCAGCGUGAAUAUGUUGUUGUCAAAGUUUGGUUCAUUUUCGCACAUUUGCAACCCUUCGAGUAUGGACCAUCUACCAGUGAAAAUACAGCUUCAGCCAGUUAAAGUGGAAAAGGAGUCUUUCGAGAAGGUUUACCAGGUGGGCUCGGUGUUGGGCAGUGGAGGGUUCGGGACGGUGUACGCCGGCAGCCGGAUCUCUGAUGGCACACCGGUUGCUGUGAAACAUGUUGCAAAGGAGAGGGUGACCGAGUGGGGCACAAUUAACGGUGCUAUGGUGCCUCUAGAGAUCCUGCUGCUAAAGAAGGUCAGCUCGUCGUUUCGCGGAGUUAUCAAAAUGCUGGACUAUUACGAGCGCGCGGACGGCUGGCUGAUCGUCAUGGAGAGGCCGGAGCUCGUCAAGGACCUUUUCGACUUCAUCACCGAAAAGGGAGCCCUGGACGAGGACACCGCUCGGGGCUUUUUCCGCCAGGUUUUGGAGGCGGUCAGACACUGCUACAGCUGCGGUGUGGUUCACAGAGACAUCAAGGAUGAAAACCUGCUUGUUGAUCUGCGCACCGGGGAGCUCAAGCUUAUUGACUUUGGCUCAGGGGCGAUUCUCAAGGACACAGUCUACACUGAUUUUGAUGGUACCAGAGUAUACAGCCCACCAGAGUGGAUCCGCUUCCAUAGAUACCAUGGCCGCUCGGCGACGGUAUGGUCGCUAGGCGUGCUGCUGUACGACAUGGUGUGUGGAGACAUCCCCUUUGAGCAGGACGAGGAGAUCCUCAGAGGGAGACUGUACUUCAGGAGAAGAGUUUCAGCCGAGUGCCAGCAGAUGAUCAAAUGGUGCCUGGCCCUGCGGCCCUCAGACCGGCCCACCCUGGAGCAGAUUUGCGACCAUCCCUGGAUGAGGACCACAACGACGGCAGAAUCUCCCGAGUCACAAGAGGAGCCUGUCGCCGGGGAGAUCCGCCUCAGGACCAUCAACACAGACUCUUCGUCAAGCACAAGCUCGAGCAAGGAGAGCCUCUGAGGGGGGCUCUGUUGGACUGAAAGACUUUGUGGGGAAAGAAGGGGGUUAGGACGGAAGGGGUUUGAUGAAAUGGACUUAAGGCCGGCAGCCUGUAGCCCAUCAGUGGGUCUGACACCGCUGCUCCGGCGAGAAAAAAUGUACUUUAAUGUUCCUCUUUUGUCGGGAAUUUUUUAAUUUAUUACUAUUUGUUCUUCCUAAUCUUAUUUUCCCCCAUCCCCUCUUUUUAUUCUUCAUUCAGUUGAUUAUUGUUUCCUAAUAGGGAAAAAAAAUUCAGUAUGGGCGGUCUUACCAGCACUAUUUAUUUUCCCCUUCCCUGUUUUUAAACUUUAUUUUACUCGUUUUGUUACUAGGCUGGGUUUGCAGCUGGCAAGGCCCUCCUAUUCAGACAUGGCUGCUCUCAUAGAGCUUGGAGAAAAAUCAUUUUUAUUUAAAUGUUUUGAUUUUGUAGUGCCUUUUUUUCGAAAGCUGCUUUUCUGUGUGUGUGUUUGGGGGGGCGGUUUGACAACAACUUUUUGUUUUUGCCCCAUGGCCCGGUGGCUACGUUGCCUGUGCUCUGAUGGGAGGAGGGGCUUCUUUUUCCCUCUUCUCCAUCACUGUGAGACGACCAGCCUUGAGGCAAAGAUAGCAUUAGCUCGGAGAGAAAGAGGUGAGGGCUCCCCCUGACAAUGGAAUACUUGAAAAACUCAACUCUUUGUCGCUCUCUUUAACGCUGCUCACUCACUCAAUAGCCUGAACAGGUGUUUGGAAACUGGAUCCUGUCUUUUCUGAAUGUCUACACACCCUCACCCCCACCCCGCCCACCAUGCCUGUUAUGGGGUGUGCGGCCCUCUUGACUUUUCUUUUUGCCUCCCGCCAUCUCACUGCUUGACACUACGUGGCCCCGCCCCUGGCCUCCCUCAGGGUUUUGGGGUGUGAAAUGCACAAUCAAUGCAAUAUUCAUGGUCUCAAUUAUGUAUUUUUCUUUUUUCAAAUAUUGUACAGUGUAUUUUUUUUUCUCUUUUUGUGUGUACAUUAUUUUUCCUCCCCGUUUGCAUUUAAUUUAUUUGUAAACAUGUAGACAUUCCACACUCUGUGGUUAUUUAUUUAUUUAUUGUCUAUGCUUAAAACCCCCUCUAAAUUUUACAUAUGCUACUUUGCCCCUGUUUUGCAUUCCUAUAACUUAUUUUUACAUUUCGACAUGGGUUUUAGUUUUUUUAGAUGUGGAGGAUGCACUGAAGCAGUUGUCGAUGUAAA